AGAUGAAAAAUUUAAGUUGUUGCAUUAUCUGAAACAAUGUUCUUCUGACAUUUGUAGCGCAGUAAUGGUGGUUGCGUUCCAAACUGCCUAUAUUGUAGGCUAGUCCCCUUGCGCAGAAUGUACAAUCUUAUUUAGCCGUCCCUGUCAAACACUAGACCUACAUUUGUGGAGGUCUGGGACCAAUCAGAUGUGUAUCAGAUUUCUUCAAACGCAAGUAGAGUUUAACAUGGCAGGAAACACAUAAUAAGUUGCGCAGCACGACUACAUUGCAGGCGGUAUGGAACGUGGCCGGUGAUAUAACAUCCUAACCACGUGUGUACGAACACGGAAGUUUUCGCUGUUUUUGGUCAGACUAGAUGCAUUGUGGGAGCAGGUUGUGUAAACCAAAAAUGUCAGCCUCAAGUUACAACAGUUUUUGGCGGACUGGCUGGGAUAUUUUGCGGGUUCCGAUAGCCAAAAGUGCAACUGCUAGGCUGAUAUCUAAUUUCCCGUCGAGGUGCAGUGCCAGGGCAUAUGGCACAGGCGGCACCACGUUUGGAUCCAAACUCAUCUCCACUCUUCCCCUGCGCGCAACCAACAGGCGCGUCUUUGGGUUCGCUUUUUUGUUCGGAGGGGGAGUCGGCUUGUAUCAAACCAUACAAUUCUCAUUUCAACAGCAUUUUGCAGAGGAUGAAUUGCCCAAUCUCCCCAAUCUCCAAUAUAGCAUCCCCACAAACCACGGCUCUGACCUGACGUUUGCCACCGACUUAACGUUUACCUUAUACCAGUACAAGACCUGUCCAUACUGCAGCAAAGUGCGGGCAUUCCUCGACUACUAUGGUUUUCCAUACAAGGUUGUGGAAGUCAACCCUGUCAUGCACACGGAGAUCAAAUGGUCAUCGGAGUACCAAACGGUGCCCAUUCUUAUGGUGGAGGGGAAAGAAAUUGUGCAACUGAACAACUCGUCUGUCAUUAUCAGUGCAAUGAAGACAUGCAUGAUUGACAAAGAAAGAACGAUGUCAGAGGUUGUAAAGUACUUUCCGAGACUCCCGUCUACCAAUGCCUGGGGGAAUGAAGUUCUGGAGUACACUAACAAAUACUGGGUGAUGUUGAAUGAGAUUAAGAUCACUGAGGUGUACACAUCUAAAAAUGCCAGAAAGGAGGAGGUACGAUGGCGUCAGUGGGCUGAUGACUGGCUAGUGAACCGGAUAAAGCCUAAUGUGUACAGGACUCCCGCUGAGGCCUUAGCCACCUAUGACCACAUAGUGCGUGAGGGCAACUUUGGUUCUGUUCCUUUUGCCAAGUAUGGAGGGGCCUUCUAUAUGUUCUGGGCCUCCAAGGUCCUGAAAAUCUGGUACAAGUUACAGGAUGAUGUAAGGGAAGAUUUGUACAUGGCUGUGAAUGAGUGGAUAACAGCUAUUGGGAGGAAGAGGAAAUUCAUGGGUGGUGACAAACCCAACCUCGCUGAUCUGGCGGUGUAUGGAGUCCUCCGAUCCAUGGAGGACCUGGAGGCCUUUUACGACGUGAUGGAAAACACCAAGGUGAAGAAGUGGUAUCUGGCCACAGAGAAACAAGUGAAGGAGCAAGGUGGUCGGAACCUAUGAAGAAAACCACUGCAGAACUAUCAUGGCAUAACUGAGUUCUAGGUUGCUGAUUCAGGCUACCACUGCACAUAGAACAUCUGGAUGCAAAGGUUCUCUACCAGUCAGCACACUUUCAUAACAUGUUACAGGUGACGGUUUUAUAUGUCUACCAUGUUUCAUGUUCUCUGUACAAUCAAAGCCUCUUUCAAAUAUCUUUAUGGAUACAGUCUUAGUUUCCCAGAGAAAAGGUAGCUCAAUAGUCAUUUUAUGUAUGUAUUAAAAUAAAUGUGUGUAAAUAUAUAUGACUAUUUAACAGUUAAUGUAUUGCAGUAAUAGACUGUUAUUCACUCUUUGUGAAUCUGUGAAGUAGACCACUAAGCAUGUUUAAUUAUUUUAUCCGUAUGCAUACCUGCAAUUUCACUCGUUUUAUUUGCUGGUGUUGUAUUACCCUGGCACUUCGUUGGUCAAGCUGUGUCAUAGGCCAGAUAUUUUAUACACACAGUCGUGGCCAAAGGUUUUGAGAAUGACACAAAUAUUAAUUUCCACAAGUUUUCUGCUUUAGUGUCUUUAGAUAUUUUUGUCAGAUGUUUCUAUGGAAUACUUAAGUAUAGUUACAAGCAUUUCAUAAGUGUGAAAGGCUUUUAUUGACAAUUACAUGAAGUUGAUGCAAAGAGUGAAUAUUUGCAGUGUUGACCCUUCUUUUUCAAGACCUCUGCAAUCUGCCCUGGCAUGCUGUCAAUUAACUUCUGGGCCAGCCCAUUGGCAGCCCAUUGCAUAAUAAGUUUGUCUGAAUUUGGGUUUUUGUUUGUCCACCUGCCUCUUGAGGAUUGACCACAAGUUCUCAAUGGGAUUAAGGUCUGGGGAGUUUCCUGGCCAUGGACCUAAAGUAUUGUUGUUUUGUUGCCUUAUGGCAAGGUGCUCCAUCAUGCUGGAAAAGGCAUUGUUCGUCACCAAACUGUUCCUGGAUGGUUGGGAGAAGUUGCUCUCGGAGGAUGUGUUGGUACCAUUCUUUAUUCAUGGCUGUGUUCUUAGGCAAAAUUGUGAGUGAGCCCACUCCCUUGGCUGAGAAGCAACCCCACACAUGAAGGGUCUCAGGAUGCUUUACUGUUGGCAUGACACAGGACUGAUGGUAGCGCUCACCUUGUCUUCUCCAGACAAGCUUUUUUCCGGGUGCCCUAAACAAUUGGAAAGGGGAUUCAUCAGAGAAAAUGACUUUACCCCAGUUCUCAGCAGUCCAAUCCCUGUACCUUUUGCAGAAUAUCAGUCUGUCCCUGAUGUUUUUCCUGGAGAGAAGUGGCUUCAUUGCUGGCCUUCUUGACACCAGGCCAUCCUCAAAGUCUUCGCUUCACUGUGCGUGCAGAUGCACUCACACCUGCCUGCUGCCAUUCCUGAGCAAGCUCUGUACUGGUGGUGCCCCGAUCCCACAGCUGAAUCAACUUUAGGCGACGGUCCUGGCGCUUGCUGGACUUUCUUGGGCGCCCCGAAGCCUUCUUCACAACAAUUGAACUGCUCUCCUUGAAGUUCUUGAUGAUCCGAUAAAUGGUUGAUUUAGGUGCAAUCUUACUGGUAGAAAUAUCCUUGCCUGUGAAGCCCUUUUUGUGCAAAGCAAGGAUGACGGCAUGUGUUUCCUUGCAGGUAACCAUGGUUGACAGAGGAAGAACAAUGAUUCCAAGCACCACCCUCCUUUUGAAGCUUCCAGUCUGUUAUUCGAACUCAAUCAGUAUGACAGAGUGAUCUCCAGCCUUGUCCUCAUCAACACUCACACCUGUGUUAACGAGAGAAUCACUGACAUGUCAGCUGGUCCUUUUGUGGCAGGGCGGAAAUCCAGUGGAAAUAUUUUGGGGGUAUUCAGUUAAUUUGCAUGGCAAAGAGGGACUUUGCAAUUAAUUGCAAUUCAUCUGGUCACUCUUCAUAACAUUCUGGAGUUUAUGCAAAUUGUGAAAAUUAAUAUUUGUGUCAUACUCGAAAACAUUUAGCCACGACCUAGUUGCUCAGGUAUAAGUCAAAUCUCUGAUUAAAGUGUGGCAUUACAACAAUAGAAGAGUUGAUUUCAGCACAUAGUAUGGGACAAGGCUUGGUAGAAGUUGCGCCUCACCACUGUUAAAGGGGCCGACUCCCUCUAGAAUUGGGGAUAGAGCAAUCUGAACCUAGAUCUGUUGCACAGGAGGCUGCUGAGGGGAGGACAGCUCAUAAUAAUGUCUGGAACGGAGCAAAUGUAAUGGCGUCAAACACAUGGAAACCAUGUGUUUGAUGUAUUUGAUACCAUUCCACUAAUUCCGCUCCAGCCAUUACCACGAGACCAUCCUCCCCAAUUAUAGUGCAACCUACCUUCUGUGAUCUUUAACCAAGCGCCAUUAUUCCUGCAUUUUUUUAUUUAUUAUGGCCAACAGUGGGGGGUAAUAGUUGGACCUAUUCUGUUAUGGGUAAAACUGGACAAAUUGAGAAAAAACUAUUUAAAGUAGGCUACUGUAGCUUAAGUGCGGAGGGAAUUAGAUUAAAUUGUAGUAAUAUAACCUGUGCCUACAUGGUGAGGAUAUAAGACCACGCAGUCACAUGUGCUGCAAUGGCUAGCAUCUACCGCCGUGUUGAUCAUGCCUUCUUCCAAUACUGGAUUUGAUUCACAUUUGAUACAAAAUGUUGCAUCACAGAUGUACACAAACUGUAGCAUAAUUAUCUGGUUAACUGUACUGAGAUUAUGAUUGAAGAAUUGGCUAGAUCAAGGCCCUUUAUAACAAUGUAUUUAUCUGAAGCAACCAACAUGGCCUUAGUAUUGGGACCAUCUCAUGUCAAAUGUCAAAAACUUAAGGGUGCUAAUUAAGCAUUUCAAUUGUAAUUAAUGACAUGAAGAUUGGAGAAUAAGCAGAAUGUAAAAGAAUAAAAAAGAAAUACAUUACGAUAAUUGUAAACCCAAGGUAUUUUGUGUUGAUUACCUUAAUCUUUUUAGUUUUUAACAAUUUGCUUUGUUUUUCCAUAUGUAGUAGACCACAACUUUUAUUUUGAGGACCACAAAAUAUUUCUCCAACUGACAAGUUUUUGUAUUUAGUAGACCACACGAGUCCCCUUCCCUUUUGCUUUAUCACUGGCAUGGAAUGUUAGGCUGCAUUUACACAGGCAGACCAAUUCUGAUAUUUUUGCCCACUAAUUGGUCUUUUGACCUGAUGUGAAAUGAUUUUAUACAUCUUUUUCAGAGCUGAUCUGAUUGGUCAAAAGAACAAUUAAUGAAAACAAUAUCAGAAUUGGGCUGCCUGUCUAAACACAUCCUUAGAAGUUAGUUUCCCCUGGAGAACAAAAAAAACACAACUUAACAGCUACAAAAAUAUCUUUACCAAUGAUAUACCUCUUCUUGAUGGUCAUUACUAUGGGCAGCCCAAUUCCAAUUUUUUUCAAUCAGAUUUGGGCUGCCUGUGUAAACGCAGCCAUAGCAACUCACACUGACCACAUUUACACAUGCACAGUAUUCCGGAAAGUAGCUCAUAUCCCACUUACGGUCUUUUUGGGGAUAACCUGUGUACAUACACUUUUGAUAUCCCAUUCAAGAGUGUCCCUGUAUCCAUGAAUAAACAGAAUAGUCCUAAUUUAAGUUAAUAUGGGUUAAAUUGAAUAGUAACAGUUCUGGACACUGACUGCUGGCCUAUAAAGUAACUGAAAUAUGGAAACUGACUGCUGGCCUAUAAAGUAUCUGGACACUGACUGCUGGCCUAUAAAGUAUCUGGACACUGACUGCUGGCCUAUAAAGUAUCUGGACACUGACUGCUGGCCUAUAAAGUAUCUGGACACUGACUGCUGGCCUAUAAAGUAUCUGGACACUGACUGCUGGCCUAUAAAGUAUCUGGACACUGACUGCUGGCCUAUAAAGUAUCUGGACACUGACUGCUGGCCUAUAAAGUAUCUGGACACUGACUGCUGGCCUAUAAAGUAACUGAAAUCUGGAAACUGACUGCAGGCCUAUAAAGUAACUGAAAUCUGGACACUGACUGCUGGCCUAUAAAGUAACUGAAAUCUGGAAACUGACUGCUGGCCUAUAAAGUAACUGAAAUCUGGACACUGACUGCUGGCCUAUAAAGUAACUGAAAUCUGGAAACUGACUGCAGGCCUAUAAAGUAACUGAAAUCUGGAAACUGACUGCUGGCCUAUAAAGUAACUGAAUUCUGGACACUGACUGUUGGCCUUGUUGGAAUCGGCUAAACUUUGAACAUUGAGAUAUGAAAUAAAUGAUAGAGACGAAGCCUUGAAUAGAAAGAGUCUGUAACAACCCAGAAGGCUUUGGAAUGUGUUUGAUGGAGGAGAGGAGAGCUGUGGAUUAGGUGGAGGAGGGGUUGAGGUGAGGGGUGAGGUCAGUUCCCCUUAAGGGAGUAAUCAGGGUUAGUAUCUGGUUACCUUCUUUCUCUUGGGCAUAAACUAAGGAUGGAGAGAGGGAGUGUCUUUUAAGUAGGAUGUAUAUAACUGUGAUGUCUGACAUGUUUUGCUGUCUGAUUACAGCUGUACAGAACCUUUGGGAAUGAUUAAACUUGGUUAAAGCUUC